UCCUUUGGAUGUCGAUUGGAGACCCUAUGACUGAGAAGGGACUGAGGGGGGCUAAUGAGAACGGCCUCCGUGGUCAUCACAUCGGUGGAGGCAGGACAGGCCACCCCUGUGUGGUCCCACUGUGCCAGUUCUGGGGGUCCCUCAUGGACCCAGGCCACACCCCUCCCUCAGCACUUGGAACAGGUGGGAGACAGCAGCCCAUGGAACCAGUGGUUCCCCACAUCUCCUGAUCUGCAACCAGCAUCCUCGAAGAGCUGCUACCCAUGGAAGUCGCUUUGGUCUCAUUUCCACCAACCCCACUGCUGUGCAGGGAAAAGACAGACCCACCAUGUCCGGGUCCGCGUACCAUGCCCUUCCCCCAGCCUGCGUGCUCCAAAUCAGGGCUGGUCGUUGCACGGGGGUUGCUGCUGCAUCAUCAAGCCCCCUCUGUGCAGACGGGCUUCUGCCUCUGCCCUUGGUGUUCGAAAGGCGUCUUUCACGGCCCCUCUUCUGACCCCUUGUUCGAGAACGGGCGCGGCGGCAAACCGAUGCUUCGCAGCCUUUUUGAAUUACACGGGUGGUGUGAAUGCUCGUGGUUUCCGAUGCCCCAACAAGCAGUUUCCGUCAGCGAUGGAUGCCAGGAGCCUGAACCUGGGCCCGUUGACACCGGGACUGCUGCACCAGGAGACGGUGGUGAGUUGGAACUGCAAACGCACAGCUGAGCAAUGGUGUCAGGAUUGGCCAUCAUCACCGUCCUCCUCAAAAUGCCAAAAACUCUGCUUGCUGGCAUUUGCUCUGCAGACAGGGAUUCUGCCCGGUGUAGAAUCUAGGUCGUCCUGGUGCUCCUGCAGUGGUGGUCUCUGGGACCUCAACUCCCGUCCGCACCCAGUGACCGUCGCAGCAGCAAGGAUGGCUGCAGAUGGUGGUCCAACCACCAACCGCUGGAACAGAGGUCACCGUCUCUGUUUAGAUCACCUCAAAUGGGCGACUGUGGAUGCGAUGGGACCAGCUCGUUCUGCGUUCCGGAGGUGGACAGCCAAUGGCAUGGCAAACAGAUUCACAACACGUGGGAAGCUUCAUGUUGCUGAUAAUGAUGGCCGCAGAUGCUCUGUCUGUUUGCUCCCCUCAUCGCUGGCUGCAUGGAGAGGUCCUCGCUGGCGAUCUCGACCUUCGCCUCUGUCCCACUCUGCAGUUCGAUCCGUUCGAUUGCCUCAUUGCAUUCUCUUGACCGUUGAUGAGCCUUGGUGCGAUGCAUCUGGCUCUGGCUCUGCACAUGCUUGUCGCUGGUUUACUAUUUGCCGAGCAUAUCACUUUCUGCGUGCAUCAGGAAGAACGCUCAACUCUUCGACACACCACCUCCAAGGCAAAGUGCUGAUGAGGGUGCAUUCCCGAGACGGAUCAGGUUGGAUAAGGCGCACAAAUGCAAACCUCCGACCGAGGCGGUAUCCUGCAAGACGAGACCCCCAACCUCGACAGUUACCCAAGAAACCUUUUAUCUGUGGUCAAACCCCCCAUGAACCAUGCAAAUCCACGACCCCCACCGAGCCGGUAAAUGAAGGGGGCAAAGCGAUUGGCUGGGUGACACCUGUCAGACGACAACCUCAGCAGGUUGUGGAUGGCUUGAGCGAUGACAACCGGUGUCAGCAGCUUAGAUCAGAGGCCUAUCAGCAGUUGUUCCUGAAGGAACAGUCGAUCCGAAAUGAGAAGAACAGAAGUAAGGUGGUGGCGAAGAUAUUCAGCAGAUGGAUCACAAGCUUGUGGAGUUUUGUCAAAGGGGGGUUAAAGGUGAAGUUGAUUCAUUCUUUGGCCCAUAUGAGUCGUCAAGGGGGGUGUAAAGGCCGAAGCAAGAACACUGAUCUGCCUUCAGACAGUUGUCGUACAGGGCAUUGUAUAGCAGAAAGGAGUAUUGCUGAUGAAAUGAACCCCUGCUCCUUGCCAUGUGUUCGAGAACAAUCGUCAACAAGGUUGGCCACUACUGGCUCAGCGCCCAGCACUGAGCACGAACUGCGUCAUCACAGUGUGCCUGAUCUCAGCAUCAACUGUCGGGGUUCGGUAAUUUGUUUGGUCCCAGCAGCGGUGCUCUUGAUGGCAGGUUUUGCCCGUCAGAUAUCUCUCCUACCAUCUGCCAACCCCCUCCGUUUCAAAGCCCCGGUAGCCCAUGUCUGCGGUAGUAGGGGGGGCAAGAUGGACGCCUCAGUGGUGGUUGGUUCUCCCUUGAGGAGGGAGAUGUGGGAAGUUCCUGAUGCUCCCUGCUUUGAGGACCACCUGCAUGACCUGCCGUUUGCAUCGAUUAAGCUAGGGGGACGACAUAUGAUUCGGAAAACGACAAAAGUGAAUGGUGUAGAAGAUCGGAAAUUGAAGGGGGACCAAAAGGACCCCAUUAGGAAGGAAGAUCAAGAAAGACAGAAAGGGAAAGUGGCACCAUCUCCAUCCAGGGUUGAAGAGGUCUUGGAGGUUGUUCCCCCUCUGCAUAGCUAUCCUUCAGAUCGUAUGGAUGCUUCUUUUGGCCCUCCACCUUUGUUGCCCCAAAGUGGUGUGGGAGAGUGUCUUAAGGAGCAAGGGGGAGGGAUCAGACCUACUCCACCGAGUUAUCGAGUCUGGCAGGAUGGGGGGACCCACAUAUGCAGCGAAAUGUAUCUGGGUGGGGAGGACACAGUGCUGAAGGAUGGAGUAGUGCCAGACAAAAGAAGUGUUGAGGGAGCAAAUCCAGAGUUGGAAGCGGGAGAAGGAGGUAAAGAGAGACUUGGGAGAAGUGUGGUUAGAAUUGGAACAGCUAGGGUUAUCCGGGACAAAAGACAAAGGCGGGGACGGCAUAGGCGAAGGCAGAAACCUAUGACGACAACAGUUGCAGCAUCAGGUAGCGACCCGAGGGUGCAAAAACAGUAUGCCAAAAAGAGGGAUGCAAAUAAGCCUAUCUCGAAGGUUUAUGUUGGGCUUGGGGAAGAGGUGGAAGUCAUAAGACUGGGGGAGUGGGAAUGGAGCAAUGCAGAGCUGGCACCAGUAGACCUUUCUGUAGCAGGUGCUGAAGAGUACAAUUCUGUUGUGGAGGUCCCUAAUCCCAGGAAAUGGGGCUAUUGGGUUUCAGACCAAGCCAGAGUGCUUUCGAGAGAGGAGGUGGACUCUUUAAACCGUACAAUCACGGAGAUGUAUAAUUCAACGGGUGUAGAUAUGACUAUCGUCACUGUCAAGCGUGUGGGGACCACAGUGGGGAGCGCAGACAGCCUAGCACGCAGGUUAUACCAUUAUUGGGGUCUGGGUGUAGAGAGAGAAGGGUGUGGGGUGCUGCUGUUGAUGGUGACAGAUUCGGGAAGGGUGGAAGUGGAAGUGGGAGAGAGACUAGGUGAUAAACUUGACUUAGUGAGGAGAAGCAGUGGGGAGCUUGGGAGCCAGGGUGGACGAUGGGGGGCGGAUAGAGGGGGUAGCUGCUGGGUGAAAUGGCUGAAGGAGAAGAGGAUUAGACCUAAAAUGCGGCUUGGAAGAUAUGGUGCUGCAGUCAUGGCAGGGGUGAAUGAGGUGGUUGAGCGUGUCGCCGAGCUUUAUGGGGACGCGCCAAAGCCAUCCAUGUACGUGCCAGCUCGCAGGAGAUUACAAGUGGUUGAUGCCUUGUGGAUGGGUUUGAUUUCCUUUCUUGUGGCAGGAGGUAUAUGGAUGCACUGUGGAAAAGCACUGAGGAAAUUUGGCCUUAGCAGGAGUACCAAUUAUCCUAACGUUAAGCGGUAUUUAGCAAAAGGGUCAGGAAAGGAGACUGCAGGCGACGUUUUGAACCGGUUGAUUAGGAGAUUCCAUGAGAAAGGUGGAAAUCCAGUGUGGGAUCUAUACAUGCUUUCAAAAGGUGCGCCAAGGGUGAUGCUGGGUCCGGUUGAUGGGCUGGGGUUCCUCCACAGACAAAGAAGCAAGCAAUCAGCUGCCAGCGAUCGAAGAGCUGAGGUAACCGAUUCCAGUGUGUGGUUGUAUGCUCAAGGAGAGCGUACCAGGCCGGGAAGUGUUGCAUUGGAUUUAGAAUCUACGGACAAGGAGUGUGGCAAAAGAACUGUCGAUGGGGGACACUCUCGUCUGGCCUGGUGCCAAGCAGAGCCCAAGGAAUCAGCCUCGUUAAGACCAUCGAGGAGGUCUCCGUUGUUUGGUGGUUUGCUGAAGGGGAAGAAGAUGGACCCAGAGGGAGAGAAUUGUUGUGGGUCUGCUCAGUCUGGAAGGCUGUCAUUAAGCAGGGAGGGUCCGGAUGACGAAGCAAGAGCGACAAGAGUUACAGACACCGAAGACGGCGAGCAUGGGAUCUUGGCAUGGGGAACUGCAGUCCAGCCAAUUAUCCUGGAUGGAUAAGAGACAGAACAUAAAGGCUUAAUCUGAGCUGAGGUGAUUUGGAAGCCAACUUGUAUAUAUCGAAGACAUCCAAAGCAGCAGUGACAUAGACAUUUUCAUAGCACCGCUUCUGGCAGAAGGGAGCCCAAGGGAUCACAACAGGGUCCAGAUUCGAGAAGCAUCUUGAGAGGAGGGCCUUCCCAGCGCUGCAGGAUGAUCAACUUAAGUGCAAGGUACAGCAUGAAUGGAGGGGAUUUUUUCUUUUUUUUGUCUUGAUGGACGGAGGAGGAUCGAUUUCAGAAUGGAGGAUUUAGAAGUGUAACUACAUUUCAUUUACUGUUGUCCUUUCCAGUGAGGUGAUUGGUUGGCUGGUUUGGUUAAUCAUUGGCUGGUUGGUUAAUCAUUGGCUUGAGUGGAUUGUUUAACCAUUGGCUGGUUUGGUUAAUCUCUGGCUUGGCUGGUUUGGUUAGUCUAUGGCUGGGUUGGUUAGUCAUUACCUUGGCUGGUUUGAUUAAUAAUUGCCUGGUUUGGUUAAUCUAUGGCUUGGCUGGUUUGGUUAGUAUAUGGCUGGCUUGGUUAAUCAUUGCCUUGGCUGGUUUGAUUAAUAAUUGGCUGGUUUGGUCAGUCGUUGGCUUGACUGGAUUGUUUAAUCGUUCGCUGGUUUGAUUAAUCAUUGGCUGGUUUGAUUAAUUAUUGGCUUGGCUGGUUUGGUUAAUCAUUGGCUUGGCUGGUUUGGUUAAUCAUUGGCUUGGCUGGUUUGGUUAAUCAUUGGCUUGGCUGGUUUGGUUAAUCAUUGGCUUGGCUGGUUUGAUUAACCAUUGGCUAGGGGUUUGGUUAAUCAUUGGCUGAUUUGGUUAAUCAUUGGCAUGCUAGUGGUGUAUGUGCUAUGUGGUAAAUUUAGCAAAGAGGGAUACAAGUAAUGGCCGUCAAAUUCGAAUUCCGAAGAUUUCUUUAAUUCAAUUUCAAAUUGCAAUCCUUUUUGUUGGAGCUAUUGAAUUCUAAUGUAAUCAAGUUUUGAUCUGACCUGUGAGUAAACUAGCAGUACAGCA